AUGAAUUUUGAAGAAAGUAAAAGAAAGGGAAACUCCACGACUAUUCGAAGGAAAUCAAACGAGUAUAUGAGGUUUAUUUUAACAAUCACAGUUGGUAUUCUUUUUGGAUUCUUCAUUGGCGCAUCCUUUCCAGCUUAUUCACCAUCAAAUAUUAAACUCAUUCCUCCUAUCGAUACCUACAUUUGGGACAAAAAUUCAGGCCACUCUACACAAACAAUCUUAAAUGUGAUAUCUGUCACAAGGGAUAAAAUCUCAAAGGGAGCAGGAAACCUUCCUCAUCCAUCAAAGAUUUGGGUGUCAUCUAACCCUAGAGGUGCAGAAAGACUACCACCAGCUAUCCUUGCUUCUGAAUCAGAUUUAUAUCCUCGUAGAUUAUAUGGUCAACCUAGUGAGGACCUAAAGAGAAAACCGAAGUAUCUUUUAACUUUAACUGUUGGUUAUAAUCAAAGAUAUAACAUCGAUAAAGCAGUAAAAAAGUUUUCUGAUAAUUUUACAAUCCUUCUCUUCCAUUAUGAUGGUCGAACAACAGAAUGGGAUGAAUUUGAAUGGUCAAAGCGUGCUAUUCAUAUAAGUGUAGCAAAGCAAACAAAAUGGUGGUAUGCGAAAAGAUUCCUUCACCCUGACAUUGUCGCGCCAUAUGACUUCAUAUUUAUGUGGGAUGAAGAUCUUGGGGUUGAUCAUUUCAACGCUGAAGAAUACAUUAAGCUUGUGAGGAAGCAUAAAUUAGAGAUAUCACAACCUGGAUUGGAUUCUAGUAGUAAGGGUUUAACAUGGCAGAUGACGAAGAGACGUGGAGAUCGUGAAGUUCAUAAAGUAACAGAGGAGAAGCCAGGUUGGUGCAGUAACCCACAUUUGCCUCCAUGUGCAGCAUUUGUAGAAAUUAUGGCUCCGGUUUUCUCUCGAGAAUCUUGGAGAUGUGUGUGGCAUUUAAUCCAGAAUGAUUUGAUCCAUGGAUGGGGUCUUGACUUUGCUCUCCAGAAAUGUGUUGAGCCUGCACAUGAGAAGAUUGGAGUAGUUGAUGCACAAUGGGUAGUUCAUCAAGGUCUACCUUCACUUGGGAAUCAGGGUAAAGGAGAAAAUGGGAAAGCACCAUGGCAAGGGGUGAGAGAAAGAUGUCAAAAUGAGUGGAAUUUGUUUCGUGAGCGUGUAUCGAAUGCUGAUAAAGAUUAUUAUAAGUCAAUUGGGGUUGACCCUUUAAAUAUUACGAGACAUUGAUGAUUGGUUACCUUUAUACCACAUUGUUAUCAUUGUGAUUAUUUAGUUGUUAACCUCUAUAGAGAGCUAGAUGUUCAUAGUUUCAUAGCAUACGAAAUACAUAGAUGUUUGGUAGUAAAUGAGUUUGAUAUGUUACAAUCAAUUAUACUCCUAAUAUAUUUAUACAAAUGGUUUUUUUUCAAAGA